AUGGACAAAUCAUACGAACCCAAGGAGGUUGGUGGCGCCCAUGCUAUCUCCUCCGAGGAGCCGCCAUCCUAUGGUGAAACCCAACCCGCUGGCAGCUUCAGCCAGCGCUUCAUCGAUAGUUUCAAGCGCGAUCCCAAUGCCCAUAUCACCAAGGCUGGCCAGGUUGGCGCCGACGGCAAUGCUUUCGAUCUCGAAACAGCCGCCCAAAACACGGCGAAUUCGCCCCUGCAGCGGAAGCUGAAGGGCCGCCAUCUGCAGAUGAUCGCCAUUGGUGGUUCGAUCGGUACUGGUCUCUUCGUCUCAUCGGGUAGCGUGCUGGCCAGCGGAGGCCCGGCCUCGCUAGUCAUUGCCUACAUCCUGAUUGGUGCUAUGUUGUACUGCACAGUUCAUGCUUUGGGUGAAAUGGCUGUCUUGUACCCCGUCGCUGGUUCUUUCGCUGCUUACUCGACCCGUUUUCUCGACCCCGCCUGGGGUUUUGCUAUGGGCUGGAAUUAUGCCCUGCAAUGGCUCAUUGUGUUACCACUCGAGAUUGUCGCCGCAUCAAUCACUAUUCAGUACUGGAAUAGUGGCGUCUCCCCUGCUGCCUGGGUAUCGAUUUUCUUGGUCCUAAUUAUUGGCAUCAACUUCUUCGGUGUUCGAGGAUAUGGUGAAGCCGAAUUCGUGUUUGCAAUUAUCAAGGUUACUGCUGUCGUGGGUUUUAUCAUCCUUGGCAUCAUCCUGAACUGCGGUGGUGGUCCUCGAGGCGGAUACAUUGGUGCAAAAUACUGGUAUGAUCCAGGAGCCUUCCACCAUGGAUUCAAGGGUCUAUGUAGUGUCUUUGUUAAUGCCGCUUUUGCCUUCUCUGGUACUGAGUUGGUCGGUUUGGCUGCUGCUGAGACUGCGAAUCCCCGCAAAUCGGUUCCCACGGCUAUUAAGCAGGUCUUCUGGCGUAUUGCUCUCUUCUAUAUCGUGGCUUUGACUAUUAUCGGAAUGUUGGUGCCUUAUAACGAUUCCCGUCUUUUGGAUGGAAACUCGUCGGUUGAUGCAAAGGCCUCUCCUUUCGUCAUUGCUAUCACGGACGCCGGAAUCAGCGGUCUUCCUUCGGUCAUGAACGUUGUUAUCAUGAUUGCUGUCUUGUCUGUCGGCAACUCUUCCGUCUAUGGAUCCUCGCGUACACUCGCCGCUCUUGCCGAGCAAGGACAAGCACCCAGAUUUUUGGCCUACAUUGAUCGCCAAGGACGUCCUCUCUUUGCUAUCAUUGUUGCGUCCGCUCUCGGUUUCUUGGCUUUCCUUGCCGCCUCGAGCAAGGAAGGUCAGGCCUUCCAAUGGAUGAUGGCCAUCUCUGGUCUGUCAUCCAUCUUUACUUGGGGCUCUAUCUGUCUAUCUCAUAUUCGCUUCCGUCAAGGCUGGAAGGCCCAGGGCCACACCCUCAGCGAAUUGCCCUUCACAUCCCAAGUGGGCGUAUACGGAUCCUGGGUGGGUUUUAUUUUCAACAUCCUCGUCCUUGUUGCUCAGUUCUGGGUCGGGUUUGCCCCCAUCGGAUAUGGUGAGAUGAGUGCCUCCGACCGCGUGCAAAGCUUCUUCUCCUCAUAUCUUGCGGCUCCCAUCGUUAUUGCUUUCUAUAUCCCUUACAAGCUCUGGUUCCGCACCCCCUUCAUCAAGGCUGAUCAGAUGGACCUGAACACCGGUCGCCGUGAUCUCGACAUCCAAGAUCUGAUCGAGGAAGAGCGUGCCGAACAGGCCAAGUGGCCUGCCUGGAAGAAGGUCUGGAACUGGUUCUGUUAG